AUGCCGUCUCCUGCGACCCCGCAGCGUCCCUCCAAGACUGGAGGGAGUGCGAAACCAACUACAAAGCCAGUAGAUAUCGGCCUACCGCUCGGGAUCCACGAUACGAACACGGUUCGCGCAAGAGUGCGGAACUGGCAACAACAAGGAGGCGGCGUGAUUACGAUCGACGAUGGAAUGUACGACGACGAAGACGACAAUGAGAACAAGACCAAAGCUGCGCCCAACUCAAAUAAGCCAAAGUCAGAUGCAGGGAAGGAAAAGCCCGCAAAGUCGAAACCGACCAAAGGCCCCGUGGCGCAGACGAGGAAACGAAGUCACAGCACCCCGCGCAAACGAGUUAUUAGCGAUGAACACUGGAGAAGGAAUCGAUCGAAUACUUCGGUGGGACAAACGCCCACUCGCAACCUGCCGCCUCCUAAGCGCAUCAGUGAAUACACCACAAAUGAAGGGGCGGGACCAGGAUCCCCACGGGCGAAGAAAGACAAUGUGAAAGAUCUAGCAGACAAAGGGAAAGACACCCCGCGAUCCGGAGCGAAAGCGCCUGUCAAGGAUUGGAAGUCGACCCCGCGCAAACGACCUGAGUCCGUGGUGGAGAGCGACUGGGAGACGGAGACGGAUCGGCCCAAGUCUGCCAUCCGGUCUGAUGGGUCAGGGAAGCACAAGAGACAGUCGUCACCACCUGAAGAAGCGGCGGAAUGGGCACGAAGCGAGGCCGACUUCUCAGAGUUAUCGAGGAGGCGCGCUCGAGGUCACCCGCAGAUUCCCAAAGGGGGCAUUUUUGCACAAAUGCUGGAUGAGUCCAGGAAAAUGUUCACUUUGCCCAAAGCGGAGCCUCCAAGGCCUCCUCCGCCAACAGCAAACCGGGGUGCAAAGAUCGAGGCUUGGUUAUCGGACCAACCAGAUCCUUUCAUAGACGAUGAUAGCAAGAGCGACAUGCCUGGUCCACUGGACAUCAAAUCGGCACGGGAGAGACGAUCCAAGAGAGUGGCUCAUACGGACACCGCGAGCAGCUUGACAUCUGACACGCUUGCAGAAAGCGAGUUUCGCCCUAAAAGCUCUCAUGGCCGACACGCCAGAGACAAAGAUCGCCCCUCCUCAAGCGAUAAGCCACACAAAUCCCAUGGCAUUGAGAUUGUGUCAGAGCCUAGACGAGCAAGUGCCGACAGGCCCCGCAAGUCGCCAAAAGUCAAAGUUGAGAAACGUCUGCGGGAGACGUUGUACGAGGACAGCCUUGCAACAUCCGAGUCUGAAUUCCAACCAGACUCGGAAAUCUCCGAGGUCUCAGGGAACAAUGCACCUGUACCGGUGGGCCCUAGCAAGCCAUUUCCGAGCACCGGAAACCACCGACUAUCGACGAUUGCCUCAAGUGAGACCUUGAGUACCCUCCCAGAAGGGUCAUCCUUGUCUGCCCCAUCGGUCCUAGAGAAGGCUACGACCAGCGCCACCCAACAGGGGGAGCACAAACCCGCAGCAGAAACAAAACCUGCAAAGGAACCAGAAGAAGUCGCCGAAGAGAAAGAUCAAUUCGAUCCUGAUUCCCUUCCUGUAGUUUCCUCACAGCUGAAGCGUCGGCUCACAAACCACAAUGAUCUCAUGUCUGUUCUUUCGGUCCCUGCCUCCAGAAGCAGAAGCAUCCGUUCCGCGCGAAGUAUCCGGACCAACAAGAGUCGAUUGGCCAGUGCGACCAUCCCAGACCUCCUGAGUGAGCUGUCCGCCGACGAAGCGAAAUAUAUGCGGGAGCUCAAGACCCUUGUCGGUGGUGUCAUCCCCGUGCUGCUGACUUGUGUUCUCUCACGAUCCGAUUCAGCCACCGCCGCUGGCUUGUUCCGUCCGUCGCUGGAUCCGAAGGAUGAUUUGAAUUUCUCCAAGCCUAUUGUGAAUAUGGGGGUCGCUAUAGAACGCUUAAAGACACUGCAUAAACGCAUCCCGCAAAAUGACGCAGAUGCCCUUCUCAACUGGGCCCAAGGUGCACAGAGAGUAUAUAAGGAGUACCUCAAAGCCUGGAGACUUGGGUUCAAAGAUGUCAUUGUCAACCUUGCCCCCUUGGAAGAAGGGGAAGCAAAUGAUAAUGCCGAGACAAAGAGUUUGGAUGAAGGUAUGGAGCGGGACGAAAAUGGCGAUAUAGUUGAUUCCGAAGGCGAUAAGGUUGAUGUUGCCUAUUUAUUGAAGCGGCCCCUGGUGCGACUGAAAUAUCUCGCCAAGAGUUUCAAGGGCAUCAAUACCCUGCACCCAUCACCCAAAGCCGAAGAGAUCGCCAGUGCCUACCAGGGUCUUGUACUUGAUGCCCGAAAACGAGCUCGAGAUGAGAGAGCAAGGUUGGAGGAUGAGUCUGCUGCGAGCAUCGACGCAACCCGCGCUAGAGAUCCCAUGACUUUAGGAGUUGCCCGAAAUGUUGUGGUUGACCAGACUCGGCGAGUUCGGGCUCGCGAUUUCUUCAACUUGUCGCUCUACCAUUCGAGUGGUCAGUUGGUGGACUGCCGAGCCGAAUUACUUUAUCGAGACAAUGUCUCCGGGCAUGGAUCUGGAGGCGACUUGAUGAUCUGUGAGAUUGAUCAUUCAGAUCGCUGGCUGCUCUUCCCGCCCAUGGACCUUAGAUGUGUUUCUGCCCGUAACGGCGAAACCGGGGAGAUUGUGAUCAUGCUACGUAGUGCCUCCGGGGAUGAGAAGUAUUGGCAAGAGUUGAUCUCUCUUCGUAUUGAUGACUACGAGAUCGGUAUGGAAUGGGUUUCGUUGCUGGGCUCCGAUCCUAUUCCCCCAUCGAUUUGCCGAAGCCAGAGCUUCAUCAGCCGAGCAAAGCAACACAAGGCGCGCAAGUCUUCUGUUUGCGAUUCUCCGCCUAGAGCAAAUCCCAGCGAUGUCGAUAUUCCAAUUGGCGAGAAACGGCGAUCUUUGACUCCCAAAGAGCAUUAUUCCGAACCGAGCACUGUCAGCUCUUCUGCAACCGAUGCAAGGAGUUCUCUGUAUUCUUCAGUUACUCGCGACACGGAUUACACUACGGGAGGCUCUGAAGUCUCGGCCAAACAACACCGCUCUGGGUUACAGUCUCUGCCUUCUCAGAGCAGCGCUGACAAGUCCCCCAGUGGACUGAAGAGAUCGAAGGCAAAGAGGCAGUCCCGCUAUGGUGAUAGUCCCGCCUCAGAGGUGCCUUCUCCCCAGACUAUUGUCGAGGAGCCAGCCGCAGCCGUCCCAGCAACCGAAGAGUCUACACCAAGUAAAAUCCGAUUCUAUGGAGAGGGUAGCGAGGUUAGUCAAGACACAGCUUCACCCAAGCCGAAGUCCAAGCCUGCUUCGAAGAUCCCUCAGCCUAAGACCCCACGUAAACAGGAGUCGCCAGAGCCUGAAUCUCCUCGCGUGUCGUCAGUUCCGUCGGCACGCCUCCCCCAGAUUCCUAAGCUUCGGAGCACUAGCAGCCAAACUCAUAUGUCUACACCGAGCAGCACUGACCUCGACGAGGAAGAGGACUACCCUCCCCUGGAAUCGCUGCCUACUCAGGAGAUUCCAGAGACUCCAACAAAAUCCCGGAGAAGAAAGUCUCGCCGCAGGUCAACACGCGACGAUGCACCUCCGCCCCCACCACCCCACCGAUCACCGAGCUCCUCUACUGGCAAGCUUUCAAACAGCCCCGUUCUCAGCCCAACAAGUGCUCGACUGAAGCGCAGGGGCUCUUCUCCUUUGAAGCACGAGUAUGAGCCCUCCACCGCUUCGGAUUCAUACACAGAGUCGGACUCGGAUGCAUCGACAGUGCGGCAUUACAGCUAUUCCUCGUCGGCAUACUCUCGUUCUGACUCGGAAGACUCCUAUUCUUCAGCUUCAGACUCGGACUACGAGGAGAGUGAGCUCAGUGAGCUCCCCAAGCCCAGACGCCUCGACUCAGGCACUUCCGAGGCAAGCUCCCUGUCUCCUUCCAAUUCUGCAUCGCAGAGUGGCUACCGGACUGUACCAUUGCAGCCUACCAAGUCCUCUAAGGCCAUCGCAUCCAUAUUUGCAUGGUCUGAUAAGGGAACCUGGGAAACUCUGCUUCCUGACGAAUGCAACAUUAUCGUCAGCCCUGGUCUCAUUGAGGCAACCAAGAUGCACACCGACUCUCGAUCAAAGCCUCUUAUUUCUAUGGAGCUGACCCCCCUCGUUCCCAUCCGCCGGGGCACAGCCAUCGACAUCAGCAUUCGCUCGCCCCCGACUCAACGUUCCAAGAUAACCUCCAGCAACAACAUCAUGUUCCGAUCUCGAAACCCAGAUGACUGUGACGCGCUCUACGCUCUUAUCAACCAAGCCCGCAUCAACAACCCAACCUAUAUUGCUCUUCAAAAUGCCCGCGGGCCCUUGAAUGAUACCCUACCAGCCUUCGAGCCCGCCACGAAAUCCGGUGGAAGCUGGUUCGGAUUCCCUCGCCGUAGGAAGAGCUACAGAGCCUCAAACAGCUCCCCCCGCUCCCUCGCCGAAGGCUCCGAAAGUAGUGUCGGAACAAUGAGCAGCGCCUUCUCGGCCUUGAAACGCUUCGGCGGUGGAAGCAAAAUGUUCAACAUCGCCCGCUCAACAGUCACCUCCCGCACCGGCCGGGAGGGAAGUCUAUACUCUGGCGACGGUGACUCAGGCGACGCGCCCUCCCCAUCAUCCGGCAUCGGCCGUAUAGCAGCCGCAAUCAAGGGCGCUGAUGGCAUCGGCCUCUCAAACGCUAAGAUCCGUAUCUAUUUACGCGAAUCAGCUUCUAAAUGGCGCGAUAUGGGCGCUGCUCGUCUUACCAUCAUGCCUGCUCCACCUAAGAACCCCUCGCGCCCUGGAACAGCUGUCAGCGGCCGUAGCGAAAAUAGUGCUUCGCACGUCGAUGGAGAAUCCCCGCCUAGUUCUGGCGCAGCAACUCCCCGCGCUGAUGCUGAGUCAAUGAAGCGCAUCGUUGUCCGCGGUAAGACACGUGGUGAAAUCUUGCUGGACGUUUGUCUUCCCGAAAGCUCGUUUGAGCGGAUUGCACGGACCGGAAUUGCGGUAUCGGUAUACGAGGAGACCAACGACGGUGUCAUCUCAAAGCAGGGCGGUGUCAACACGAGUUCUCAGAAAAUCUUCAUGAUUCAAAUGAAGAGUGAAGCUGAAGCUGCUUAUACUUUCGGUCUUGUGGGUAAAUUGCGGUAUUAG